AUGGUCACCUUCGAAGACUCAGUCUCCUUUGAGGAUGUGGCUGUGAACUUUACACUGGAGGAGUGGGCUUUGCUGGAUUCGUCACAGAAAAAACUCUACAGAGAUGUGAUGCAGGAAACCUUCCAGAACCUGAACUAUAUAGGGAAAAAGUGGAAAGACCAGGACGUUAAAGAUGACCACAAAAACCACAGGCGGAAUCUAAGAGGUCAUAUGGUUUACAGACUCUGUGAAAGUAAAAAAGGCAGUAAAUGCAGAAAAACUACCAGUCAGAUGCCAAAUCCUAACAUGAACAAGGAAUCUACUGAAACAAAACCGUAUGAAUGCAGUAUGUGUGGGAAGGACUUCACGUGUCAUUCAUCCCUUAAUAAACACAUGACAUCUCACACUGGACAGAAUCCAAAUGAGUCUCAAGAAUAUGAAAAGAAACCAAAUAAAUGCAAAGAGUUUGAGAAAACCUUCAGUUAUUGCCACUACUUUCAAAACCACAAAAGAACUCACACUGAAGAGAAACCCUAUAAAUGUAAGCAGUGUGGAAAAGCUUUUAUAUAUUACCAACCUUUUCAGAGACAUGAAACAACUCAUAUUAGAAAGAAACCCUAUGAAUGUAAGCAGUGUGGAAAAACCUUUAUAUAUUAUCAAUCUUUUCAAAAACAUGCUCAUACUGGAGAGAAACCCUUUGAAUGUAAACAGUGUGGAAAAGCCUUUAUGUAUUACCAAUCUUUUCAAAGGCAUGAAAGGACUCAUACUGGAGAGAAACCCUUUGAAUGUAAACAGUGUGGCAAGACCUUCAGUUGUCCCACAUACUUUCAAAGUCAUGAAAGAACUCACACUGGGGAAAAACCCUAUAAAUGUACAGAAUGUAGUAAAGCCUUCAGUUUUCUCAGUUCUUUUCGAAGGCAUAAAAAAUCUCAUAGUGGAGAGAAACCCUAUGAAUGUAAGAAAUGUGGAAAAGCCUUCUGUUAUUCUGAAAGCUUUCAAGCACACAUAAUAACACACACUGGAGCGCAACCUUAUAAAUGUAAAGAAUGUGGGAAAGCCUUCAGUUCUUCUAAUUCCUGUGGAAUGCAUGAAAAAACUCAUAUUGGAGAAAAACCCUAUGAAUGUAAACAAUGUGGCAAAUCAUUCAGUUGGGCCAUUUCCCUUCAAAUGCAUAAAAGAACUCAUACUGGAGAGAAACCUUAUGAAUGUAAACUGUGUCAUAAAGCUUUCAGUUUUUCAAGUUCCCUCCAAGAACAUAAAGCAACUCACACUGGAGAGAAACCCUAUGACUGUAAACAGUGUGGUAAAGCCUUCAGUUUUUCAAGUUCCCUUCAAAGACAUGAAAAGACUCACAAUGCAGAAAAGCCUUACAAAUGUAAACAAUGUGGUAAAGCCUUCAGGUGUUCAAGUUAUUUUCGAGUUCAUGAAAGAUCUCAUACUGGGGAGAAACUUUAUGAGUGUAAACAAUGUGGUAAAGUUUUCAUUCGUUCCAGUUCCUUUAGACUACAUGAAAGAACUCAUACUGGAGAGAAACCCUAUGAAUGUAAACUAUGUGGUAAAGCCUUCAGUUUUUCAAGUUCUCUUCGAGAACAUGAAAAAAUACACACUGGAGAGAAACCUUUUGAAUGUAAACAAUGUGGUAAAGCCUUCCUUCGUUCCGGUCAAGUUCGAUUGCAUGAAAGAACUCACACUGGAGAAAAACCUUAUCAGUGUAAACAAUGUAGUAAAGCCUUCAUUUCUUCCAGUAAAUUCCGAAUGCAUGAACGAACUCAUACUGGAGAGAAGCCCUAUCAAUGUCAACAAUGUGGUAAAGCCUUCAGAUUUUCAAGUUCUGUUCGAAUUCAUGAAAGGUCUCACACUGGAGAGAAACCUUAUGAAUGUAAACAGUGUGGAAAAGCCUUCGUUUCUUCCAGUCACUUUCGUUUGCAUGAAAGAACCCACACUGGAGAGAAAGCAUAG